AUGGCUCGCACCGUCUCCGAGAUCACUGAUUUGCGAAUCUAUCCCAUCAAAUCGUGUCGCGGGAUAUCUGUGGAAUCCACCAAACUGACGCGGGAAGGCCUAGAGCUUGAUAGAAGAUGGAUGUUCAUCGACGAUGACCAUAAAUUCAUCACCAUCCGCUCAAAGCCACAAAUGACCUUGAUCAAUACCUCAAUCGAUCAUGACUCUGAUAGUCUUGUCAUCAGAAUUGGCGAUGAUGCCACAAAGCUAGUCAAAGUCCCAAUCCAUCCAGACCAGGAAUGGCUCGAUACCAACACGAAGCUGGUCUCGGUUGACAUAUGGGAGCACAUCACCGACGCGUAUGCUUACACCGACCCAAAACUCAAGUCGAUGUUCUCCGAGUUCUUCGGCGAGUCAGUCAGGUUGGUGGUCAAGGGCCCAGAGCCGAGGAUCUGUCGCGGCAACGGCGAUCCCAUGUAUCUAGGCCGCGAGGAGAAAGUGAACUUUCCCGAUGUGCUUCCUGUUCUUAUCGCGUCCGAGACUUCUCUUGCGGAGUUGAAUGCGAGACUGAGGGAGCUGGGUCAGAGCGAGAUCACCAUUGAGCGCUUCCGGCCAAACAUAAUAAUCAAGGGUGGCGAACCGUGGUCCGAAGAUUCAUGGAAGACAGUGCGAUUCAACGGCGACUCAUCACUCUUCACCACGAUCACAGGGGGCAAUCGCCAUGCUAUCGACCUCGAUGUGGUUGCCAGAUGUGCGCGCUGCACCGUUCCAAAUGUGAAUCCAGAUACGGCAGAGAAACAUCCACAUCAGCCUUGGGACCUGUUGGUGAGCUACAGAAGAGUUGACGAGGGAAUCAAGUACAAACCAUGUUUUGGUAUGCUGUGUUGUCCUCGGGACGAAGGAGAUGUGGAAGUUGGAAUGCGCUUCGAGGUCACGGAGGUCACCCAGGCCCAUAAGUACAUCAAAGGGUUCUGA